UUCCCAGGCGGCCCUUGCAGCAUGGCCGCCGGCGCCGCCACCGCUUUAGCGUUUUUGAGUCAGGAGAGCCGAGUACGGGCCGGGGGUGUCGUGGGGCUGCGGGCCCCAGCUCCGGUCACUAUGGACAGUUUUUUCUUCGGCUGUGAGCUCUCCGGCCACACCCGCUCUUUCACCUUCAAGGUAGAGGAAGAGGAUGAUGCAGAGCACAUGCUGGCUUUGACCAUGCUCUGCCUUACCGAGGGGGCCAAAGAUGAGUGUAAUGUGGUAGAAGUUGUGGCCCGGAACCAUGACCACCAGGAGAUUGCUGUCCCUGUGGCCAACCUCAAGUUGUCCUGCCAACCCAUGCUAAGUUUGGAUGACUUCCAGCUUCAACCUCCUGUAACCUUCCGCCUGAAGUCAGGUUCUGGUCCUGUGCGGAUCACUGGGCGACAUCAGAUUGUUACUGUCAGCAAUGAUGUUUCUGAGGAAGAAGAGAGCGAAGAAGAGGGGAGUGAGGAGGAGGAGGAAGCUGAGUUGUGCCCCAUCCUGCCUGCCAAGAAGCAGAGGGGCAUGCCCUAGCCCUCCUUGGUCAACUAACUGCCUGCCAUACAUGCCAUGCACCACAUUGCUGUACAAGUAUCAAGAAUUUUAAAUGUCUUCUUCAUUGAAGAAGAGGGGUGGGGGUGGGGGGUCUUGGGCUGGUGCUAGGAGAAAGGGGGUCCUAUUCUCCAUAGGGCCCUGGUGUUCUAAUUCUAUACCAUGCCUGGGGCUUCCCCUUUCUCCAGGAGUGGGAGGAACUCUGAACUGUCCUGUCCUGACCCUCUCUCCCACUUGCCUUUGAGGUUGGAGGUCAGCAUCUGAAGCUCAGGACUACACAUUUUAAACAUGUUUUACAUUUUGGAUAAAGGGUGAAAUAAAGUGGUGUCCAGUUUUUUUUGCAA